AUGUUCAUGACAACGAACAACGACAGAGCCACGCAAAAGUGGACAAUUUCGCAACUCAAUAAAUUCAUCAACGUCAGCACGGGUGCUUUGGCAAUUGCCAUGAGUCGACAGUGGACGAAAGAAAAGACUGUCCUGAGAUCGAGGACGGCCGUUUUACAACUUGACCCGAGGCGAGCUUACAUAUUGCUAGCCCCACCUCUUGCUGUCAUGGUUUUGAUUUUGGUGAUUUCUGUUACGGUUGUGUGGUUUUACCGUAUGGACAGAAUUCAUGGCAUGUAUCUAGUUGAGGUUAGUGAUUUGGUUGCGUUCACUCAAAAUUCGGACAUCUCUGCCAUUUCGAAGGCAACUUCAGGUAUUAAUAAAGACUCUUCCGUCUUGGGCAAUAUAAGAGUCAGAUAUGGGAUUACUCAGGAAGGGCAGAUUGGGUUGGGUUCUGCGGAUGCUAUUUCGAGUUUUUAUUAG